AUGGCGGCGCCGAUCACGGCGAUGAAUUGCUUGGUGUUCCUGCGGGCAAUGGUGUCGGUGCUCUGCCUGGGCCGGCUGGGGGGCCUGGAGCUCGCCGGCGGCGCCCUCUCCAUCGGCUUCACCAACAUCACCGGCUACUCCGUCCUCUUCGGCUUGGCCUCUGGUUUGGAGCCCCUCUGUAGCCAAGCUUAUGGCUCCAAGAACUGGGAGCUCAUCUCCCUCUCCUUCCAGCGCACCGUCGUCCUCCUCCUCGCCGCCGCCGUGCCCAUCGCCGUCCUCUGGCUCAACCUCGGCCCCAUCCUCGGCACACUCCUCCGCCAGGACCCCGCCAUCACCGCCGUCGCCGCCACCUACUGCGCCUACUCCUUACCAGACCUGCUCACCAACGCCUUCCUGCAACCGCUUCGCGUUUAUCUGCGUUCGCAGGGGAUCACCAAGCCGAUGAUGUGCUGCUCUGCCGUAGCCGUGCUGUUCCAUGUGCCGCUGAACCUGGUGCUGGUGUUCGUGCUGGGCAUGGGGGUCCCCGGGGUGGCCAUCUCCGCCGUGCUCACCAACCUGAACAUGGUCCUCUUCCUCCUCGGGUACCUGUACUUCUCCGGCGCCUGCGAGCUCACCUGGACGGGGUGGUCGCCCGCGUCGCUGUCCCACCUGUCGCCACUGCUCCGGCUGGCACUGCCGAGCUGCUUGGGGGUCUGCCUGGAAUGGUGGUGGUACGAGAUCAUGACCGUCCUCGCCGGCUACCUCCCCGAGCCCACCGUCGCCGUCGGCGCCACUGCCAUCCUUAUCCAGACCACCAGCCUCAUGUACACCGUCCCCAUGGCCCUCGGCGCCUGCGUCUCCACCCGGGUUCGCUCCACCAUUCGCCAUUGCUGCUUCUUCUUCUUCUCCUUCCAGGGCUUCUUCUUCUUCUUCUUCUGCUAGGGUUUCUUCGUCUACUUGGUCAACAUCAUCUUCAUCUUGUUUUGGGUGGUGGUUCAGGUGGGGAACGAGCUGGGGGCGGGGAGGCCGGAGAAGGCGAGGGUGGCGGCGCUGGUGGCCCUGGGCUGCGCGGUGGUGAUCGGGGGGGUGAACGUGAUAUGGACGGCGGCGCUACGGACGAGGUGGGCGGCGCUGUUCACGGAGGACGCCGCCGUGGUGGCGCUGGCCGCGGCGGCGAUGCCCGUCAUGGGCCUCUGCGAGCUCGGCAACUGCCCCCAGACCACCGGCUGCGGCGUGCUCCGGGGCACGGCCCGCCCCGCGGUCGGCGCCAGGAUCAACCUCCUCUCUUUCUACCUCGUCGGCACGCCGGUGGCGGUGGCGCUGGCAUUCUUCCUCGGCGGCGGCUUCGCCGGUCUCUGGUACGGCCUCCUCACGGCGCAGGCGGCCUGCGCAGUGAGCGUGCUCACGGUGGUGCUGCUGAGGACCGACUGGGAGCUCGAAGCGGCCAGGGCCAGGAAGCUCACCGCCGUCGAGAUGGGCGGCGCCGCCGCCCUCGCCGGCGGCGGGGAGGAGACCGAGAGAUUUCUCAACGCCGGGGUGAAAGAGGACGUAUAG